AUCCAUUCCAAUCCAAAACAGCGCCAUCAAAAGAAGUUCUCCCCGGCCUGCAAUAACAUUCUUGUCCAUCGUCAGUGUGUAUUUAUACAGCUCGCAGUGAAUAAUUGAAAAUGUUGCUUUACGUGGUGCUUGUAGCACUGGCCAUCGGCGGUACCUCGGCAGCCGGUUCCGGUGGUAAGAGGUACGCUCUGUCAGCAAAGUUCAUUGAAGAGAUCAACGCCCGGGCCACUACAUGGCGUGCUGGACAGAACUUUCAUCCCGACACCUCGCUCACCUACAUCCGGGGCCUAAUGGGUGUUCAUCCGGAUGCGGACAAGUUUCGCGCUCCGGAGCUUUUGCACGAAAUGAACGAGGAUGACGACCUGCCGGAGAACUUCGACUCGCGCGAACAGUGGCCAAACUGUCCGACAAUUCGUGAAAUCCGCGACCAGGGAUCCUGCGGCUCAUGCUGGGCCUUCGGGGCCGUCGAGGCAAUGUCGGAUCGCGUGUGCAUUGCUUCGGGUGGAAAGGUGCACUUCCGUUUCUCCGCCGAGGACUUGGUUUCAUGCUGUCACACGUGCGGAUUCGGUUGCAACGGUGGUUUCCCGGGUGCUGCCUGGAGCUACUGGGUGCACAAAGGUCUAGUGAGCGGUGGCCCAUUCGGCUCGAACCUGGGCUGUCAACCGUACGCGAUUGCACCGUGCGAGCACCAUGUGAACGGCACACGCCCAUCGUGCGAAGGCGAAGAAGGCAAAACGCCAAAGUGCGUCAAAAAGUGCCAGGACAGCUACAACGUACCGUAUGCAAAGGAUAAGCGUUAUGGCGCCUCGUCUUAUUCGGUCGCUCGCCAUGAGGCCCAGAUCCAGAAGGAAAUCAUGACCAAUGGUCCGGUCGAGGGUGCGUUCACCGUGUACGAGGAUCUGCUGCAGUACAAAUCAGGAGUCUACAAGCAUGUUGCGGGUAAAAUGCUCGGUGGACAUGCUAUUCGCAUUCUCGGUUGGGGCGUGGAGAACGGAACCAAGUACUGGCUGAUUGCUAAUUCCUGGAACAGCGAUUGGGGCGAUAACGGAUUCUUCAAGAUUCUCCGUGGUGAAGAUCAUCUCGGUAUCGAAAGUUCCAUUUCUGCUGGUUUGCCAAAGCUCUGAAGAGGGAAGUUCGGUAGCAAAAUGCGUACAUUCCGCUAAAACUACAGCAAUAUAUUUUCUAGAAAAGGCUGUAUUUCGAACAAGUUUUUUUUUUAUUUUCAAGGCUCAAUAAAUACUCUAUCGAUCAUUAUUGGCUUCGAUAAUAUUUA